AUGACCACACCGCAGCCAGACUCGACGGCGUUCGGCUUCGAGCUGAGGGUACGUGCGCUAGAAGCGCGCGUCGGCGGCGUCCCGGCGUCCCAGCUCGCGGGGCUCAACCUGUCCGACGACGGCGCGCCAGCAGCAGCAGCAGCCGCGGAGCCCACCGACGCCGUGUCCCGCGCGAGACAGCGUGCGCGCCGGCGGCCGGUAAAGGAGCAGCAGCCGCAUGACGCCGACGCUGACGCCGCGCCCGAACCGCUGACGGCGCGUGUGUCGGCGCUGGUGGCGAAGCUCGAGGCGGUCGUGGGGUCCAACCCGGCCUUGAAGCAGUUCUACGACAACUACGACGCGUACGCGCCGCUACUGCGCCUGAGUCUGCCCGACGAGACGGAGGAAGAGGAGGAAGGUGCCGAAGGCGACAACAACGCGGCGGUGCAGCCGCGCGACUUGUUACCCGUCGGCGCCAAGGCCGCGAUGGUGCUCGAGGCCAAGGCGGACAUUGUCGACGCCGAGCGCGGGCUGCGCGAGAUUGGGCUGUUGGACGGGCGUGGCGUCGCGGGCGCGGGCGAGCUGGAAGACAUCGUCGCGCUCAAGCCUGCCCUCGUGAAAGGCCAGGCCACCCUCCACAGGCGGCAGAAGGACGUGGGCGAGAUCCGCGCAGACGUCGCGGCCCUCGUGUCGCGGUAUACUGAAUUUACGACGACCGUGUCGGACCUCUUUGUCGACGUGCACGAGCAGCUGGUCGAGAUUGAGGAGGUCGUCGCGCGCGCCGAGAGGGCACGCCGGAACGAGGUCGCGGGGCGGUACUAGGCGUCACGGAGGGAACAGUUGUAUAAUAAUGCAUGGAGCGCU